CCGGUUGUUGUCUAAUACAUGAACGAACUCACACUGGAGAGAAACCCUAGGAAUGUAAGGAAUGUGGGAAAACAUUUAGAUUUUCUUGUUGUUUUAAGAUGCGUGAAAGGACUCACACUGGAGAAAGACCCGAUACAUGUACCAAAUGUGAUAAAGCCUUCAUCUGUUCCACUUCCCUUCGUAACCAUGGAAGCAUUCAUACUGGAGAGAGACCCUAUGAAUGUAAACAAUGUGGCGAAGCCUUUAGUCAUUUGAGUUCCCUUUGUAACCAUAGAAGUACUCAUACUGGAGAGAAAGCCUAUGAAUGUAAACAAUGUGACCAAGCCUUCAGUCGUCUCAGUUCCCCUCACCUCCACGAAAGAAUUCAUACUGGAGAAAAACCCUAUGAAUGUAAGAGAUGCGGUAAAGACUACGCUCGUUCCAGUCAUCUUACUCGCCAUGAAAGAAGUCAUGAUAUAGAGGCUGGGUGUAGUGACUCAGCCUAUAAUCCCAGCACUUUGGGAGGCCAAGGUGUGUGUAUUGCUUGAGCCCA